AUGUUUCAUGACUGGCGAGUUGGAAAACUUUUUGUCAAUUCUAAAAAAGAACUGUUCGAGCGUCAAACCCAACUUGAAAUCAAUCUCGGGUUCUCUCAAAAUGACGUCGUUCCCCGGGUAUUCAAGUACGCCGUGAUUUACUUUGCUCAAUUUAUUGCCGAUCCUAUCAACCUCACUUUUGUCAUCUUCGGCAUAUUCAGUAGAACGGUGCUGUAAGUGUUUAUCGUUUUUCGGUCUUUCCCCAGUAACAUUUUUCAGAAACUUUUUCACGCUCCGAAUCUGGGUAAGCUUCCAAGGAAUCUGGUGGGACUACGACAUCGACGAGUCAUACUUUGUGCCCGUAAAUCCGAAGAGUGGCUCGGAGCAUCUUGUCUAA